AUGGAUUCAUUAAACGAGUCUGAAGAAGGUGGUAAUGCCCCUGAGCAUGACCGACCUUCCUGCCAAGGAUGUCGCCGGCGCAAGCUGAAGUGCUCACGACAGUCACCGACAUGCUCUCAAUGUGAACGGCUAGGGUCGCCGUGCAUCUAUGAUGCAAAGAAGGGCAAGCCUGGUAUCAAGACAGGUGCUAUCGAAGGCCUGAGUCGCCGUAUUGAAGUACUUGAGGACGCGCUCCUACGAGAAAAAGACAACACCGAUGGACAUCUGUCGCACAGUCCGGGAAACGAGCGUCUGGAUGGCGUGGUCAACCUCCUAUCCACAGUUUGUAUUGAGCUUUGUAAGCUCAAUAAUCGAAAUGGAAUCAGGACUCACGACUCGAGCGUCGAUUCUGUGGCUCGCCAGCGCCAUAAUGGGCCGUCGGUUGGGACACCCUCCCAGCCGUCAACUGCACCAGAUGGGUAUGAAACCUACGAUUCGCCCCAUGCUCAGCCACGAAAGCGAAGGCGAAUUGACAGCUGUGGAAAUCCGAAGAUUGAACUUGCGUUACCUUUGGAGGAUCUCCUUGAUACUACCACCAGUCUUCCUCCGCCAGAGCUUUUGGAAAAUAUUGUCACUGCAUACUUCAUCAAUAUCCAACCAUGGAUACCUAUUCUUCACGAGACACGAUUUCGAGCUCGUGUACAUGAUCCAGAGCAGCGGACCCGGUUGAUCAUUGUCAUUCAUGCUAUCAUCGUCGCGGCUAUCCGUUUUGCACGUCCCGAGGCUUAUGGUCUCUCGGCAGCGGACCUGGAGUCCCAGACUAGGACCUCAAGGAGCAUCGUCGUCUUGAAUGCGAUGGAUAGUCUUUCCGUUGAGAAUCUUCAGGCCUUGACAAUUAUAGCCUUUGAUGACAUCGGCAAUGGCAAUACAUCCAGAGCCUGGUCAAUAGUGGGGUCCUUGACUCGAACUGUGGAGUAUCUCCGUCUGAGUAUUGAGGAUGAGGAUUACGACACCAGAUUGUUGAAACCACUGUUGUCCUUAACUCCCUCUAAGGAAUGGGUUGAGGAAGAGGAAAGAAGACGAGUGUUCUGGAAUAUAUUCAACUUGGACCGAUUCUGCUCCGUAGCUACAGGUUGGAAUACAAGUCUUACCGCAGACGACGUGCACCGACGACUACCUGCCGAUGGUGGUUUGUGGCAUCGAGAAGAGCAAGUGACCACGCCCUUCUUUGGGAUAUGGGAUAGAUCUGAAGCACGAAUUGGAAACUCGAUCGCCUUUCUCCCUGCUAAAUACUCGAGCAAUCCGAAGAGCCCUAAGCCCGUGCCCGAUACAGCCUCGCCCCACAGCUCUCCACAAGCAGUGUCUCAUCCAGCAACAAACUCGACGCAGCCAGACAUGUCUACUGUGGGCGCGUUCGCUUUUCUUAUAGAAGCAACCGAGUCUCUGAGUCAUGUAACCACCUUCUUCCUCCAACAGAAAAUCAAUUUUCAGGAUCGACGGGAGGUCAGCAGCUGGUUGACUCGGUUUAAAGAACUGGAUUUACGCCUGGUGCAUUGGAAAAUGUUCCUUCCCACAAAAUGGAGGGACUCGAACAUAUCGCGACAGCCAACUUUAAUUCAUAUGGAUCCCAACUUGACCCUUACUCACAUCACCCACAACACCUCCAUGAUUCUUUUGCACCAACGCAUCGCCUAUCCGCCUGCUGAGUGGGCGAAUAUCGUUCGGCUCCCGAGUGUUUGCAGCGCGGAAACUUGUCAAAACGCUGCAAUUGAAAUCCAAAAUAUAACAGCCAAAUAUCUCAGCAACACACCGGAGUCAUCUCCGGUAAGUAAUCAAUUCAUAUUUUGCGUAUUUGUUGCGGCAAGAGUUCUCUUAGUUCAUUGGCGCUAUUAUGGCUCUGAGAUUGCCCCGGAAAUGUGGGCCUUGGUUGACAGUUUAGAUCAAAUGGCCUGUCGCUGGCUCGGUGUUGGCUCAUCAAGCACGGCCCAUGGUCGUUGUUUAGCGAGCACCUACGCAGACCACUUACGAGAUUUGCACCAACGUUGCAUUGUUGCACCCCAUUUCAGUGUUGAUGUACUGGGAUACUCCACUGUCAUUUCAAAUAACCACGCCCAAACCAUUACUCGAUCGGUCAGCUCUGGUCGCACACCUACAGGUCAGCAAAAUCACCAGUCACGCGAUGACGGUCCGUAUAACAGAGACUCCGCUAUAUUCGCGGAUUUCAAUACGACCGACCCUGCCACCGGCGCGAACAUAUCUCGCUCUGAGCCUCACUGGGGAAUGACAAAGGAGAAUUCUAGUCCACGACAUAUGAACAAUAAUUUCGUCCAAUCUGGUGUUGGAGCAAGAGUUGCAACGGGAGUCAUUCCGGAUGUCGAAUAUUCAAUCAAUUGUGCACCUCCAGCCGACGAACUCUCAAACAUCUCAUAUCUUCUGUUAGAUCAAAGAUUCAUGGAUAUGGAUCGUGUGAUCAGUCUAGAUGACGUGAUGUUUUCCACAAAUAUGGCCGCGUCGGUGAAUGGCGCGACUGGUUGA